AGCUGCCUCGAUUGCAAAGGCGGCGAAGAGCGUAUCUGUUGGUGGCUAGUAAAGGGCACACUAUUUUUACUUAAUGAGUUAAAGUGAUUCCACCACCGGACAUGAUUUUGAUAUGAGAACUGCGCCGCGCAUUAUUUGGAGGACUGCAGUUGCCGGCCCAAGCCCAACAAGGCGCUACAGGCGGCGUAUAAUUUGCUUACGCGAGGAGUGUGCAAAAACGCUGCAUAGCUCUUGAGCAAGGGAUGGGCAGGAAGAAAAAGAAGAAAGCACCAGCAGGACGCCGACGUCGUCCUCGAGACGAGGAAUCCUCGUCCGGGACCGCUCGGUCGAGGAGGCGCGGUUGCGGAGGGGGAGUAAGUGGAGAACAGUUUUAGAAGGAAUAAGCUGUGCAAGGAUAAGAAUAUCAACAUGUCAUUUGCUUCAUCUUGUUCUCUUGCUGCUUCGACGCCGUCCCGGUCCAGCUAGGGGUUCUUCGUCGUGAAGAGGAUGUUCGCGCAGCGCUAUAGUGGCACACGACGCGAAUCAUGCCGCGGCAGCAGCCGGCGGGGGUCGUGUUGCCUGGUUUCGGCCGGCAAGAGCGGCAAAGAGUUUUCGCUGGUCAGAUUUCUUGUUGUACUCCACCAGCUCCUUCUUUCACAACUUACCCCAAUAGACGCAGGGUCUGCACCAGCGCCGCCUGGCGAGGUUUCCCCUCCUUCCUUCGAAGGUGCGGCCGCGGAGGCGAGUCCGAGCUUCGUCAUGGAAUGGAAUCCACGGGGUCGGGAUGCAGUGGCCAACGCCCCCUUAUUAUCCUCAGUAAAAUGAACGUGGUCCCCUUCACAUGCAUAAUCAAGAUGUUGGGAAUCAAUUGUGCACACACAAACACAAACCCACUAGUUUUGGAACUUCCGCACGACAAUGUAGUCGUGUCAGUUUAGCUAAUGCAGCAGCCGCACCCUAUCCUGAUUACUUACAUAUACAGACAGCAUGACAAGUUCAUCUUUCCCGUGAGAAUGAGAAAAUGGCUUCCAUGGGGAGCUGCAGCUGUGUGAGAGCUCGAGAUCUUAUGGGCGUUCUGAUUUGCAUGAAAAAUGCGGGGUGGGACGUUUUUACUGAGGAGAAUUGUACGAGCGGCUCCGGGGCGGCUACUACGCGGAGCUACCAAACAUGGCCGGGAUGCAAGUGCGAGUCUUACCCGGCCCGGUUCCCAAUGUGGUCACAGACUCAAUGCAAAUGAGCUGCGAUACCCGCGAACAGACGUUGCUGCAUUCGCGCGUGGGUCUCCGCUACGCAGGCCGGUCGCAGACGGGCCCGGAGGGUGCUCGGGGGAGAGCCAUACGCCUCGUUUGUCUGCUCAUGCGGCUCCCGGUACGCAUAGUGCAAUCAAAAGUGUGGUCUUUGGCGUAGAGCGGAAGGGCAUAGUAACAAGAAACUGCUUUUGAUAUACUUUGGAGCACAAUAUGUAUGAGCGUCGCUCCGCUGUGCGACGCAAGGUGGUGGGUCGUGCAUCAAUCGAUUCGAAAGAGAAAUACUAUUUCUAUAUGCUCCAGUACCAGUACUGCCGCGACAAUAAUCUCUACGGCACGCAGUCCGACGCUUGUUUUGCAGUGGAUACCUGGGAGAGGACGAGGACGGCAGCGAAUCCACUACCUGGGAUGUGAUUGAGUUUGAAAUGGACCGCAAAGGCAGCACUUUGUACGACCAGGCGAGCAACGUCUACCUGGAUCAGAAAGCCGCGGACCCGGAAAGGAUGCGCAACGACGAUUAUGAUAACGACGGCGCGAAAGCGUCAGGCUCAGGCAGUCAGGAGGACUUGGAGGAAGAAGAUCCCCUUGCGCGGCCGCGGCCCCGGGGGCCCACGAGUACGACAACGGGCAUUGUGGCGCCGACCGCUUACGGGUUCCGCGGACAGGAAGUGGGCGAGCAGCAGCAGAAGGAGGCUGUUGAUCGCGUAAUCGCGAAGAAGUGGUCCCUCGGCGAAAAGAAUCCCUAUUUCUGCUCCUUCGGCAACGCAGACCUGGUGCGGGCGAACCACGUGGACGACCUGUCGCGCAUCAACAUCCGGUAUCAAACGCAGUUAUUUCAUCUGGGUGUGGAAGAAAGCGGGCGCUAGUCAUGCAGUUUUUGCAUGUGCCCGCCGACGCCGAGCAUGUUGUUCAAUGUCCAGCGCAUUCAAGGUGAAAGCCUUGUACUCAUAUCCAAGGUGCAGUAUUUGCAUCUGCGCGAAAGUCUGGACUGCUCGCCGAGCGUGACAAAAAAUUCUGCGGAGGCCUCUCCAUGCCUAGUCUCCAUGACAAAUGUUGCCCUCUCGUCGUCCUGGAGACAAAAAUCACACGGCCUUUGCUGACUAGGCGACACAGAAUUUUGGACCUCUUCCAGAAUCCGCAUCAGAAGUUUGCAUCCUUUCAGUAGACCUCCCAGAACUAUAAUUUGCAAUGCAUAUGCGUUGGAUCUGCAUCGGGUCCGAGCGCCUGAUCCGGAAGAACACGUUGGGCGAAAUCAACACGCGAGAGCAGUGCCGGGUUCCUCACAUGACCUGGUACUCUGGUCUGGCGCGGCUCCGGAACAUGGCGCCCUUCACCGGGCUGCAGGUGCCCCCCGAGACGGGGUCGGAGCGCCAACGCGCCUAUCCGGGCUUCGCUUUCACUGAGUCAUUGCGGAUUUCGAUGCGGCCGGUGCGGAUGACCACAACGGGGGGCGAAGUAAUCGUCGAUCCUAGGGAACAAGGUGUGGCGGAUGUUGACACCUUCUUGAGCAUGGAAGGCAAGAGUGGCACUAGCAUAUCGGCCACGAAAGAGCUCUACGAUAUCGUACCGACUAAACUAGAAGCGGAGGAUUGCACCUACGUGAUAAGGCCCGGCAUGUGCAUGCCGAUCAAACCGUGGCCCGAGACCGGCGUCCCCGUGCGGUGCGUCGAGGUGCCGCCGGAGGGGCUUCGCGACGCCGGGAUGGUGACCGUGAAUGGAGCCGUGUGCACAAAGGUGUGCAACGCGAGCGACCGGUGCGUGGCCUUCGAAGUCCUGGAGCCCCGUCAUUGCUGCCUCUUUCGGAACCCCGUCUACUCCCAAGACGAUGCGGCCGGCGCGCGGGUGCCCGCGGGGUUUAAGGCAAAGGCAGCUGACGCCGGUGGUCUUUCUCCCUCCGCCACGUCGCAGCGUCGCUGUUAUUUUCGGCGAUGUGGCCUGGUUUCUGCCGGUUCGCUGCCCGGAGCGUACGCACUAUAUUACCACGAGCUGUCGGGGAUGAUGUUCGUCUGGAUCUCGAACCUGCUGCAGCAGAGAUACGGCUUGGGGCGGCGCAGCCGGUGGUACCCCCUCUUCAAGAGUCACGGGAUAAUCGGCGUCAAGGGCUACGAGAGGGAGCUCGUUUGGCUGCAGCGCAUAUCCAUGGCAGAUUUGCUCGGGUCUCGAGCAGAUAAGUGAACAAGAUGGCUGGAGGUGUUAUUACGUUGUUUUUGCCUCCCACCGAGACUUUUGUCGACAAGGUUUCGCGACGACAAAUCAGGGUGUCGUUAAUUGAGUCACCCGCCUUGGUCGUGCUGAGUAGAGACACCAGAAGAAAAAAACGCGAAUUUUCUGCGCAUUUUGCUUGAGGAACACCUUAGAAUGAAAGAAGGUCUCCACUUCUCUGCUAAACCUGAUGCAUUUGGAAUGAAUGAUGGAACGGAGGCCUGUUUCGAAUGGACUGGAAUGACGCGGUGCGGAGAAAGACGUUACUGGGGAAGUGCGGCUAUCCUGUGCAAACACUUCCACACUACAAAGCAUCAUAAAGUACUUAGUUUCAUCUCGUAGUUUUUGGUUUUCGUAAGUGUACUUCUCGUGCGGAGGCACUGCUGAGCCUUGGAUAUAGUAUAUGUCUGUUGAAGCAGGGCCAUCAACUCUCCUACGCAAUAAAAAACUGCGACGCGCAAUCAGAGUUUCAAUUUCUUGACCUGCCCUUCAAAAGAAAUUCUAAUCCGUCGAAUACAUUGUCCUUCAAAAGAAAUUCUAAUCACCAUGGGGGCGGGUCGUUUUUCUCAGGAUGACCAGUCGAGCUUCUUCGCUCGCCACUGCUUUCGGACGCUUGCGCAGGAACGCGCGGGACGUGGUUUUGUGCCGAUAUCCACUGCUGCAAAUACCUUGAUAUGGGCCGGACAGCGCAGUUUGUGAUUGCUUGUUUGUAUUUUCACGAAGGCCCCAGAGACCACGUCGGGAGCGAAGCUUGUGCAUGAUGAAGUUUUAUUGAGAUAGUAGGCAGCAGCGCCUGUUGCGCGCGACCGUUUUUUUUCCCGCUCAACAAACAGGUAGCACUACCUUCCAACAGGCAUCUUCGCAGGGUGUGGACGGAUGAUGCGUCAACCCGAGAAUGACAAUGAAGUUUCCUUGCAAUUUUGAGUUGAGAUGACCGAAACUUAAGGGAGUAUUUGCGAUGGAUGACUGGACGUGGUGAACAACGUUCCAGAGAUCGGUAGAUGUUGCCAACAGUACCUAGAGGCCAACGGCGGUCUCCUGCUCACUCGCGCCACGGAUAUCCCAGUACACACCGCCCUAGAUGAGCAGGGACUUUCUUCGUCGGCGAACAGCGGAGGCAGUUCGAGCUCCGGGGCCAGCGCAGCUGCUGCUGCUUCGCAGGAGUCCAACUUGCUUGGCGGCUCGGAGCUGGAGCGAGCGUCCGCCCCGGGGGGUGUCACGUGCGAGUCGGUGUUGCAACGCGUCGGACCUUUGUGGAGGGAGAUGCAGGAGGGGGUCCCGCUCCACUUGUUGAAGGCCUUAUUUCUCUCGAUCACGGAAGACGCUGUGACCGUCCUCGGAGCCUAUCUUUACAUGACUCAGCCGCAGAAUAUGAAUAACUCCCCCGUUGGUGGUAGUGCAGUUGUUCCACCUGCUGAGACCACCACGACCGGAGGUGGCGCCUCCUUCGGAGCCCCUGCUAUCGCGGCCGCCACACGAGAAUGGAAGGGGCCCCUCGAUUACGGUUUCUUCGAGCACGCACGACGGCUAAUGCUUUCCAUGAAAGCGUACGUGGUCUCCGACAAACCGGCUUCGUCCUCGGAAGGCUCCAGAGACGCGCAGGCUUUCGGGGAUGACUCUCUGACGCUGCGCCGGAUGGCGGCGACCCGCGUCUGGCCCCUGCUGCAGCAGCUGCUGCGCGGGUAUCUAGUGCUGAUCAUCUUGCGCGCCCCGGCCAUCUGGUCUCCAAGUGAGCAAGACCAUUGGGCGUUCACGCAGAGGGUCGAGCUGGUGCGGUGCAAGGGCUCGGGACGCUUCGCGGCGGCCGACGGGAUUUAUGGGAGGCUGAAGGAACACCAUGUGGACGAGGAGGUACACCGGUGAAAAUUUACGCCCCCACGCCUGCUGUCCUCUUGCAAAGCCUCUGCGUCGUGUCGAACCAGCGUUCUUACCGGCGCUGGCCUUCCGUGGGCAGGUAGAAUGUCCUGCAUGAGGAUCUUUCUUCUAGCAGUGCUGGCGCUUCUGCUAUGAUUUUGCCACGGGCUCCAUGAAUAUGCUGCCAGAUGAGUAGUGCUAAGUAUGUAAUCAUGAUUAAUAUGCGGCGGACCUGCCAGAGCAUUUCUGCCACUGCCGGAACUGCCAGAAAUAACGUUUGCGCAGAAGUUGCAUCUUGUUUUGCAACACAAGGCGACUACAAUUUUGUCCCCUCCAGCAUUCAAAAGAAAGCUCUACGUACAUUGCGUCUUGUUCUGUGCUGAGGGGUGGGGACGUUUAUUUUGCACCGGAUAGGAUGGUGCGCCGCACUACCCGUCCUACGACGAUCUGCCCUGGGCCGCCGCGCUGCUGCAGAAAAUGAAGCAGGAUAAGCGGCCGGGGAAUCCGGCGGAGGCCUACUAUCGCAUGGACGUUGAGCGUCUGUCCGCGGAGGAUCUCGAUGCGGCCGCUUUGAUGACAGACGAAGAGGCAGGUGCGGCGUCGGCGCCCGGUGACGGACGCAAUAGGCCGCCUAGUCACUCGUCUUCUUCAUUCGUGGAGCCUGAUUUCGGCCAGCGCAGAGGAAGACGGGGACGGGAGAGGGACUCCACUCGGCCUGCUCGCGUGCUGUUCACGCCGGGGCAGCGUUGGGAGAUUCAGAUGGAGAAAAUGACUUUGCGGGAGAACACCGGGGCAGCGUCCACUUCGAGACUGGAAGACAUUUGGAACUGGCGGGACAUCAAGUGUACCACCACGAGCGAUGGCGGCGCGAGCAGCGCUGCGAGAACGGAAUGUCGGGAGGAGGAGGGUGGGGAAGCUGAAUCUACGAAGCCUGUACACUCUUCCACUUUCCUGCACCAACUCAACACAAGGACGACGCAGGUGCGGUGCCACCCUCUUACUGGACGAGGCCGAGUAGACGCGGAGCAAGGGGCGCGGUUGGACCUCUUGCGCGAGCGGUCGGACCUUCUGCGGCACGUGAUGGCAGUGUUGAAGGCCGGUCGGUGGUACAUCGGACGCAUCCUACGAAACAGCGCGUCUUCAAAACGGAGUACUUCUAGGCCGAAGGCGAGCCGCGUCGACGCGGCGGGGGCUGGCGGAAACCAACCGGUGUCCUCCGUGCAGGGCAAGGGGGUAGCAGCAGACAUCGAUUUGAACAAUCUAGCACAAGGCAGCGCGCUCCGGGCGGAUAUGGAACAGGAAGCGGCGCGCAGACGGUACCUCGAGCCUCUUCUGCACGAGGAGCAGACUGCCGUCGAGGAAAAGGAGCGGAGACUGGGGUAAAGUCAUUUUAUUUUUCAAUCAUAUGAGAUUUUUGUUUGUUGCCUGCGAAGGAACACACAUGCUGUUUUUUGCCUGCGCCGUUGCUCAGCUCGUCUCCGUUGCUGAGACAGAAGUAGCUCAGGAGAGCAAGAAAGGUAGUAAGCGAAAUGCCUUUUGUUCAAAAUAAUCUCGAUGCACUACAUCUACAACUACACCAGGGAAUUACUGGGGUCCGAGUUCGCGCGCAGCUUCUUUGGUUUCGAUGCGCCGAGUGUGCGGGAACUUUCUGCCGUUGCGGUGCGGCGAUAUUUGACGUUCGUGGACUGCAUGCAAAGGGAGUUGGUGGCUAGCUGCCAAAUUGAAGAAGAAAGUCCGCCUAGCGUUGAGUACCUAUGCAAUGCAGAAAGUGUUGUAGCGGAAAUAUUCUUUACUAGACGCAAGUAACCACAGCACCGGUCGGUGCAUGACGCGUCUGUCUGCGUUUGUGAUUUCUUUGCGCAAAGAUCAGAUGGUUUCAGUAGAUCUCGUACCACCAAUGUCUAAUAGACAAGGUGCACGAAUAAACUUCGUUUCGGAAAAAUAAACAUCAAGGGUGGAGGAAGAAUCGAUGCACUCAAAAACUUUUGCAGGGCAUAGAUUUCUUCUUACAGCCGGAAUCCGGGUGCUAGAGGGCAGCCGCGGGCCCGGCCCCUGUUGGUGCAAGACGCGAUCGCUCCGACCGGCGCGGCUAAGGGAGAUCCGGCGUCAGGCUGGCUAGAGAGCGAGGCACACGAUCGCGUGCAAUACGCGUCGCUUGAUCCGUUUCAAGCGCGGGCGGACUUCGAGCGUCUCGUGGCGGCGGAAUGGGCGUCUCUGGGCGACGCCGGCGACUUGCUGAAGCAUCUUCCCGCGCAGUGCUAUGUCGAGCCGGGUCUCUCUGCCUCGCCGGACGAUCUACGUGAGAAUUUUUUGAAGGUGAGGAGAAAGACGUCCUACGGAUUAGUCAACCGGGCCGACCGUGUCAACGAGGUAUCCACUGCAAAAGUAUCGUACUCGUAUAAAUGCAAGUCUUGCAACAUUACAAAUCUUGUUCCCAAGGCAAAUCAGUAUGACAAAUUCGUUUUCUCAUGCUGAGAAAAUGCGAUUUAUACUAGUGCGUUGCUUUUGCAGUUCAUACGAGGCACAGGAGACGAAUUUCGUACUGAUCCGGGUUCGGAUGCAGUUCCAAAUCUGCCCGUCGUGGUUGGCGCAGGACCCGGUGCGACGAUUCUGGUGGUUUGGGUCCGUUCCCCUGCUGCCCGAGGUGCAGGGCGUACUUUCACUGGCGUUGCUGGGUCGCGAGAUGGUGCCCAAUGGGCUGGUCUUGCUUGCGCGCUACUUCCGAUACCUGCCCCUCUCGGAGAUGUAUCACCGGGUGGCAAAGUUGGUACAGAGGGACCGAAAGAUGUACCCCAAGUAUGGGCUUCCGGCCGUGACCGGCCGAGAGGAGUGGGUACAGGAAGCCGGUGCGGUGGCGGUGCGCCUUGCGCGGCUGGGAAAGCGUCUCGAGGAUAAGGGGGGCCUUUUUUUGGCCGACGAGCUGGCGCUGCAGUCGGCAAUCACUCUGGUGGACUACAAUAAAGUGUGUACCGAGGCGGGGGCCGCCGGUUUUCCUGUCACCGAUGAGUCAGGAAACAAUUAUGCGGCUGCGGACCCUACUGCGACCUCAGGCAGGACCAGGUACAGCAGCGACACUAAUGUGAGAGACGAUGCGAUGAACAGUGCCGCGGCUUCUUCCCCGUCACAGGAGCGUCGUGUGCCAGUAGAGGAAGGAGAUGCGGACGACCUUCUGGCCAAGUGUUCGACAGUGUACUCCGAAUGGAUCCGGACCAUUUUCUAUGAGAGUGCAAAACUCGUUCUCCCCGUCAUCAGCGCUGUUUGCCUGACCACAGUCUGAGGGCCGCCCGCCCAAAUAGCACUUCUUCACUCCGCGGGUGGAUAUGCCAUGCAGAAGCAGCACAGUCUGUUUAUGUCAUGCGGAAGCUGUGUGAUUCAAUCGUUUUUGUUGCUGCUGCUUUUGUUGCUGUAGCAGAUAGAACCUACCAUGCAAUUAUAAAUGAAAGGCAGGGGUGGAAAUUGUGAUCUCUCAUACUUUAUCAACUGCAAAUAUGUCUGGGUCUGGAGACUUGUGAUGAUGAAUUGUGGAGGACUGAAAUACUUCCCAAUGCAGCCAAGCAUGACGAGUUUGCCGCACACUUUCUCAUGCGCAGUCGGCAUGAGAAACUGCGCUUUUGUCUAAUGACAUCAAAAGAUAAAGAGGGCGUCUUUUUGCUAGUCAUGCAACACAGAUUUUACAAGAAUGCAGGACUACUAGCAUUACAAGUUCCAUGCUUCUAGACGUAUUUGCAAUGCAUAUAUUUUGGGCAAGAACUUUCCGCGGAUUCACAACGCAAACCUGGUUCCCAUCCCAGGCACCAUGGACCUCCAGAUCGUCCUGCAAGUGCAGACGCGAACGCAGGCCAUGGUCACCACCAUGGGCUGGAAAGAGGCGUUCGUACGGUUUGCAGAUGUGCUGGUUUCCCAACCGGAUGCGGAUUUUCAGCGGGGUACGGUUUUAUCCGUGGAGCCAUCGGGAGAGCGGCUAGCGGUCAGCGGCUCCUGCGACGAUGGUGAGGAGGGCGGAGUCCUGCUUGUUGCUCUGCCGUCAUUAUCGCACAGAGAAUUUUUUUGAUUCUUGGACCGCAAUACCUACCCCUUUCCGGGACACAGUCUGUUCCCCAGAUUUUGUUCUUUUGUACGGAAAUUAUAGAAGAUCGGGUAGCUCUUUGCACGUACAUUCUGUUUUACUACAAAAACGUGCAUUCCGGUGCUGGAAUUGAAAGUAUGUUCUGAUUAGCAUUAAUAAAAAUUCUCUGUGUGACAUUGCUUCGUUGCGCAAGGCGGUCGGCAGGAAGCGUCCAAAAGGAUUGUGCGGAUGCGAUCGCCCUGCGUGCGGUCACUGCAUUGGGAGGCUACCGGUCUGUUGGUGGAGGAUCUCUCAGGCGGGCUUCGAAGUCUGACCCCUCCGGCCGAGAAUCCCACGUGCGGGGCGGCAAGUGGCGACCCGUCGGGCGACAGUCCGCUUUCUGGAAGGCUGGACCAAACAGGGAUUUGUUCUGCAGAGCCUGUGCGGUUUCCGGGGGUAGGUCGCCCGCUAGCGGAAGAGGAGGCAGAGGUGAAUCCGGGCUUGCGGCCCUACCACCGCAUUUGGGAGCAGACAGCGACCGCUACGUUUCGCUGCGCUCGUGAUUCUAAGUUUACCUGCAUCUCCGCCGGAGCUCGGGUUGCGCAGUUGUAUUAUCGCAUCACGCACUUGAAUGACGUUUCCUUUCCCAGCUGGGGCACGGUGCGGAUACGGGUGCAAGUUAACGACUGGGCCGAGAUGCAGUGCAACGUUGAGAAACGCGUUUACUGCGAUCGCAGUGGGGAUGCCAAGAACUUAUGCACACGUGUAGAAGAGAGGGCGGAAAUGUCGUUUGGGGACGUGUACGAAACCGGCGUUGGUACUAUUACUUCAAAUACGAACUCUGAUAUGUUGAAUUUUGUUUAAGUAUCGCCCGGAGCUACGCUCAGCAGCUACUUUCUGAAACUGAGUCACUCGCACUUGCGUCUGCGCGAGUGGAAAAACCGGGCACGAGCACUGAUGUUGGGCAGCACAGGAUGAGGUGAAUUAUAUUCCGACCCGAGCCAGUCAUUUUGCUGGCCAUCCAUUUCCGUUUGACCGUGCUGCCAGGGCAAGAUCGAUUGUUUGAGUACUCACAGAUUACGAACUAUCUCAACUUCAGAUCUCGACUCGAAAGGCCGAUCGUUCGCGUGGCGCGGUCUUCGCGGGGGCUUGAUGAGUCGGGUCGACGGGCGGCCGUCCAUGCGGCAGCUGAAGGUGUUCUGGCAGGUGUUUUCGAUGCUGGACGCGUGUGGCAUGAGGGAGGUGUGCACGGGCGGGUUUGGGCCCGAAUGCCCUAUGUGGAUGUCCCGAGCGUUGACGGAAACGACGGCGCAUCCGCAAGAGCGCGACACGGUGUUCGUCGAGUCGCCGGUGCAGCAGUGCGCCCACCUCGCGGACGUUCGCUCCACGAAGGUGGUGGAUCAACUGGUUGUUGUACCCGGGGACCUCCUGCAUAUCAGCUGCUACCCCCGUGUAUCCACGGCAGAUAUGUCUGGGUGGGGAAUAAGGUUGCGAAGCAAAAAAAUUGCGAAUGGUGUGCGCACUGCGAUACGCAGCCAAGCGUGACAAGUUUUUGAGCUGCUAUGUCUUUUAGUAUCGGCAUGGAACUACAAAUUAAUAAAUUGCGGCUUUGCAUGACGGACAAGAGGCGCCUUUCCUGCUCAUGCGUCACAGAGUUAAGUAGAGAAAGAGUCUCCUGAUGACAGACAAGUAGGAUGACAAACUUUCACUCUUCCAGACGCAGACAGAUUUGCAAUGCAUACCGUGGCGGCUCCCCGGACGAGAGCAGCGGCAGCACCAUAGUGGAGAUUCCCGAAGUCGACUUCGUUCCCGUCGCGGGCGCCGGCGAGGACAGCAAACUCGCCUUCAUGUACGAGUAUCAAACUUCUACCACAGAUAAGCGCACGACCUCGUUGAAGUCUUCCGCCACGCUGACACUGCAAGGAAAGACGACGACGUUCGCAAAGGCCGCGUCGGACCCGAAUGGACUUGGCUUUUGCGAAGAGCAGCCUCCGGCGUUUGGGGCGCGGGGGCAAGGAAACUACAAUCGCGGGACGUCCCGAGAAGGUGCAAGCACCUUCGUACCGCGGCCACGGUGGUCGUCGUACCAGCCCCGCGAUUCCGCGGCCACGGAAAUUUCGAACACCGGCGCAGUUCUCGCACAGAAGGAACUUUCACCGGCGUCGGGCGGUGGAUUUUCCGCCAGGACAAAGGACGACGGGGGCAGCGUAUCCUCGUCUUCGUCCCAGGGCCAGAGCCGGCCAUCGCGCCUGGUUUUUUUGCGCCCCAGCGAGCAGCCCGCGUGGCGCGAGAAGCAGCGACCACAAGACCGCAUGCACCUGCGAGUGCAGUGCAGCGUACUGGACACCAGCGAGCAGCGCGCGCCACUGCGGCGCAUGCUCUCCCAGUCACUGCUCACCUUUCUCACCAUGAAAGACCGCUGCAUUCGUCGCCCACCUGCAGAGGAACCUCCCGACCUGCAUCGCGGACCCGCUAUUCGUAUCCCACGCAAAAGCGUUCUCAGUUGCAGUCGUUUUUUGAUGUAAGAGUAGGCAGGGCGAAGGACUUAGCAAUCCGAAUAUAGUACAUUCAUCGAGACAAUAAGAGCCGCAAAGUGCCAAUUUUUGCCAUGCAUUCGGGCCGUCGUUAGUAGUACAUCAUGCCUGCGACUGCAGAACUUUUGCAAUGUACAAGGUCCUACGUGCAGGCAGCAGAUACCGGGGAGUACGUGCCCCUUUCUGAGCUGCUGACGGGACAGGGAUUGGGGCUAAAGGUCGCCGAGGACCUGAUUCGUGCGGACUCCACGCUACUGGAUUCGAGCGGGGGCAGUCGGGAACGACCCGAGGGAGGACUACUGGAUUCCGCCGGCGACGACUCCGGGCUUCCCCCGUUCGGGGGCGGGUUGAAAAGCGUGUCGCUGUUGCGGCACUACCGACAACAGAAAACCGCGGCGGUGCGCAAGUCGACGUUGCACGGGGUCUUUUCCUUCGCGUUCGAGCAACCGCUGCACGAGCAGCUGGAGCCCGGGCAGCGGUACACGCUUUCCUGCGAACUCGGUACCCUGCUCCGCAGCACCUUUUCCACAAGGAGCGCGCCGUCGAGCGAGAACGAGGACCUGCGAGACACCGCUUCAGACGCUUACUUCUUCGCGUUUCGCCGGGCGCAGAAGGACUUUCUGAUGCCGACGCCGUUCUUCGCGAAGCGGCCUGAGUUCCAAGUGAGCAAGAGUAGCAGACGCACGGGGCCCGCGGUCGCGGUGCUGCGCGCGAAGAGCGCACUCAGCGAGGACAGCGACACCUUCGUGAACUCGGUUGCCGGGGGGAAGUGCUUGCUGAGGGGCGUGAGCCACAUGCACUGGCUGCGAGUGCUUAGUUUGCUGCCCGAGCCCACCGCGUGGAAGGAUCACGACGAGAUUCUGCACGAGGAGACCUUCCGCGGCGAGGACGGCGUGACCUACUUGGCGGACUGCUACCCGGUGGCGCCGAACGGGGUGACGGGAUCUUCCGUCUCCGUGGAAGUCACGUUCCCAGCGGACUUCGGGCCGCUGGUGUGCGCCGCGCCGCCUCCGUUCUUUCUGUACGCAGUGCUUGUCUCGUUGUUCUUUUGGCUGACUGUGAGAGACACCGUGAAAGUGUUCGGUAAGGAGCAGCUACACUUCCUGCGAUCGCGCGUCGUGGCCGGUCUGAAGCUGGCGGUCGCCGCGAGCGCCAUGGGUGCGUUUAUUUUUUUGGUCUUUGCGGUGUUUCUGGCCGCCGAGUGUACCGGGGUCGGGGUGAUCCUCUCCCUGAUCUUGCUAGUGGUCGGCCCGGGGUGCACCCAGGUGGUGUUUCCAGAGCUGUACCGUUGGUUCGUGCUGGGGCGUGCCGUGAAACGGCUCGCCGCCCUGCGUGACUCGAUCGACAACGUGGUACAGCGCAAAGCGAUCGCCGAGCUCCACGCCAGCCUGGUGCAGCGGUACUUUGUGUUGUGCAGCACAAACACCUUGCCUAUGUCCGUGGACGCCGACGGAAACUUCCAGGCGCGCCUGCCCGCCCCCCGGCUCAGCGCGGCGGUCGUCGGGAGCAACAGCAAAAAUAAAGCCGGGGGUGGUCAAGGUCAACAACAAGAGCAACGGCCGCUGGAGCGCGAGGGGAUGCUGCAGCUGCUCGAGGAGCUGGAGAGCGGGUUUUCGCUGCUGAAGCAGGCGGCGGCCGCCGAGUCCGACCGGCUGAAGCGGUUGCUGCAGGUGGCGUACGACAACUACAGCCAGCAGGUCGGGUGGGAGUCCCUGGUGCGGAUUCCCAACUACACGUGGCCGGGGAACCCAACGGCCGCGCAGCCGGACGGGCCGGUGUGGUGGCAGCAGGACGCCGAGUGGAUCCAGAUGUUCCACGACCGCACCAACGGCGCGAAGACCGGGUUCGCGGCCCGCUUGUCGUGGUACAAAGCGCAGGCGGCCUGGGCGCGCGCCUACUUCGUCACGAAACUGUCCGAGGCCGUCACGAACUUCUCGCUCGCCAACACCCCCGGCAAGCUGCAGAUGAGCGCCAGCUUCUGCCAGUCCUCCUGGAACGCGCGGUUCGCGCGGGAGGGUGGCGACGUGCUCGAGCGGGAGCCCUUCAACAACGACCGCAGCUGGACGCAAACGGAGCUCUCCGACAACGUGAAAAUGAUCAGCGACACGCUGUUCACCAGUGUCGCGGCCCUGGGCGUGGGCCCGCCGAAGGACGCCGCGCGCGCGGGGGCCAAGAUCGAGGAGAUUUUGUCCGAAAAGGACGCGGAAAAGUUCCCGGACCGCGACUGGUGCCCGGAGCGGUACAUGAGCGACUACCUGCGCGCGCGGGUGGUGUUUGCCACACCCGCGGCGGUCACGGGGUUCUUCUGGUACCUGCUGCUGUACUUCCCCGGGCUGGACGUGAUUCGGGUGAAAAACAAAAUGAAAAAGCGCGACAUGGUCACGGCGGCGGACAUCCACCUCAACCUGAGGAUCCCGGUCCCACCCUUCACGGGCGAGAAGCUGUACCACAUUGCCGAGCUGCAGCUCCUCCUAGAAAACUUCGUGCUGGUGCGGGACCUCGAACACAGGUAUUACGAGAUCAAGCGCGCGAACAAGUUCGUGGAGCUGCUGGCGCCCGUCUUUCCGGAGGAACGUGAAUCUGCGUCGGAAGGACCAGGGUGAGGUGCUGAAACCAGAUGGAGAAGAAUUAGAAUUAGAAUUAGAAAGAAGAAGUGCUUUUUACUAAACCAAACGCAAACAAAUAAGCGAAAAAAUGUUCAGAAAUGUUUUGGCUGCUCCUGUCAGGCCGUCAGAGCAGUGAGAGAUGUAAGUAACUGUAACUAACCUAGGUUGGCAAGAAAAGCAAGGCUCCCUCUUUCGCUCUGCCUAAGCCUGUCGAUGGCGGAGUGAAGAUGUAUGUGGUCUCGGAAAUAAGACAGGGAGGGUGAAAAAAAGCACCCGUAGCUAUACUGAUUCCUUCUGAUGUGUUGAAGUGGUAUGGAAAAGAGAAAAU